GUGCCGUUUGCUUUUGUAUGUGGAAAGCUUAUCUCAACCAGCCAAAAAGACUUGGGUUGUCACUGAACCAUGAACUUUUCUUGCACUUCCAGGAAUCUCUCGCUGAGCUGUUUGAAUCAUAGCCGUUUUUUUUCCUGGCUAUUUAAUUCCGCUUUCUUUAGGACCGUGGAGAAAUCUGAGGAGUGGUAUUUGAUCCCCCGCAGAGCCUGAACAGACCAAGAAAGUUAUGCUCUGCACAACUGUAUUGAUCUAAGAAACAGCGAAAUAAAAGUUUGGGGGAAGAACUGGGUAAGGAGGAGAAGGGGAGAGGUUUGGGGUUCUGGCAGGGAUUGGCUCUUUCCUUUACAGAACAAGGGAAGAGGGCAAGGAAAGGAGACAAAAGGCAGCAGCUAGGCUCUCCAAACAGGAAGACCAUUUCACAUCCAGCUUUUCUUGAAAAUGCUGCAAUAGUUUGCACAAUGAAUUGUACUAAGCUCAGGCUCCAGAGGAACCUCAGCAUCUUCUUCCAAGGAUGCAGAAAAAAAGAAGCGCUGGAGAAAGCAAAGAUUCAGAAAAUGGGCAGGAAAGGCAUGAAUUAACCAGAGAAUGAUCCUUCCUUCUUCUCUCGACCCUUGUUUCUUGCUUCUUAUCAUGGAAGGAAAUGAGUUCUGCCUGGAGGUGAGUUUUUGCAGUUACCAAAUUGGUUUCCUCUCAGAGGGUUGUAUCCUUCAGGAGUUUCCUUUUCUUUUCUUGCCCCCUGCAACAAUGUGAAGAAGGGCCUUGAUCCCACAGGACAAAGCCUUGCACUUUUAUUAUUUUUUGUGCUGAGUUUUCAAACUUUUGGAACAAAGUUUGGGUUUAAAGAGGCAAAACUUUUCAGAGGCUUCUUUGAAAGGUGGAAAGAGUGUGCGCGCUGCUGCUGCUCUCCAAGGACAUGUGCUUCCAUCACACAUUGGGAGUGACAGAAGAUCAUCCCUUGGGACUCGAGUUCGAAAUGAAAGGCAACUUGCCCUGUUUGUUUGCAUCAAAGAUGACAACUGAAUGUGGCUUGAUGCAGCCCAGCCUUACAAGCUCUGUUCCCCUUCCAUGUGUGGCUUGGAACGCAUGAGCCUCCGUAUCCACAGCAUUUGCCUCAUGCUGGGACGUGCAGAAUGGGGAGCAGCAGUUCAGCCCUGAAAGUUUGCACUGAGCACCAAGGAGGCAUCAACUGGCUCAGCCUCAGUCCAGAUGGGCAGUGGCUCCUGACGGGCAGCGAAGACGGCACGGCGAGGCUUUGGAGCACCGCCGAUAGCCAAUGCCGGGCCCAUUUUCAAGGGCACGAAAGCUAUAUCACCUCUUGCCAUUUAGAGAACGAAGUCGCCUUCACUUGUAGUGCCGAUCAUACGAUCAGAAAGUGGGAUGUGAUGACCGGCCAAUGCCUGGCUGUUUACAGAGGACACACAUCCAUUGUGAAUAGGAUCCUGGUUUCCAAAGACUACCUGUUCAGCGGCUCCUAUGACAGGACGGCGCGUUGCUGGAGCGUAGAGAAGGAGAAGCCCAUCCAGGAGUUCCGGGGCCACCGGAACUGCGUCCUGACGUUGGCUCUUUACUCCUCCAAGGAUGUUCUUGAAGACUCAGAAGAGGAAGAACUGGAGGAGGAGACACUGAGCAAGGACUUCCUUGUGACGGGGAGCACGGACUGCACUGUGAAAGUCUGGUGGGUGUCCAGUGGGCGCUGCCACCAGACCCUACUGGGACACACUGGGGCCGUCUUGUGCCUGAUACUUGAUGCUCCAAACCGGGAGCUCUUUUCCGGCAGCACUGACUACACCGUUCGGACGUGGAACAUUGUGACUGGCGAGCAGCUGAGAGUGUUCAAAGAGCACCAAGGGUCCGUCAUUUGCCUAGAGCUGGUGAAUCGAUGUUUGUAUUCAGGGAGUGCUGACAGGACAGUGAAAUGUUGGUUGGCGGAUACUGGGGAGCGAAUCCGAACAUACAAGGCUCACAAGCACAGCGUCAGUACUUUGAAGUACCAUGCUGGGAUAUUGUUUACAGGAAGCGGGGACGCUUGCGCUCGAGCUUUUAAUACAAAGACCGGCAUCCUGCAAAGAGUUUUUCGAGGGCACAAACUGGUUAUCAACUGCAUCCAGAUUCACAAUGAAUUAUUGUACACAGCUUCCCACGAUGGCACGCUCAGGAUCUGGGACAUUCGGCAGAUCUACAAGCGGAACAAGCGGCGCUUCAAGGAGAGAUCCAUCCAGGGCAGGCGCUCUCAGAAAGGGACCCUCUCUCGCCUCUUCAACAACAAAGUGGGGUGCAUAGUGCACCAGGAAAGCGGAGGGGAGCAGGAGGCCGUCGAACUUGUGUGAUAGAUGGACUAGAGUGGGAGAGGUUAUGCACCCUUCUAUUAACUGCAGAGACUGUGCCGGAACAAUCUGUGACUUGUGCAAGUGUGUUGUGCGCCUUCGAAUCAUUCCCAACUCAUGGCAAUCCUAUCUUGGAGUUUUGUUGGAGAUAUUUGUUCUAUGGGGGUUGUUCUGAGGCAGAGAGAGACUUGCCCAAAAUCACUCAUUAAAUUUCCAUGGUUGAGUGGGAAUUUGAACCCUGGUCUCCAGGGUCUUGGUCCAGUGCUGAAACCAUUACUCCACAUUGGCUCUCGAAAAGCCUCAUUCCAUCUGCAGACCUCAUCUAGAUAUUAAUAGGAUAAGCCUAACAGGAACUUGAGCCCCGGUAGCUAAGUGUGUUAAGGCACUGAGCUGCUGAACUUGCAGACUGAAAGGUCCCGGGUUCAAAUUCCGGGAGCGGAGUGAGCGCCUGCUGUUAGCUCCAGCUUCAGCCAACCUAGCAGUUCGAAAACAUGCCAAUGUGAGUAGAUCAAUAGGUACCGCUCUGGCGGGAAGGUAACGGCAUUUCAUGCAGUCAUGCCAGUGACCACAUGACCUUGGAGGUGUCUACGGACAACGCUGGCUCUUUGGCUUAGAAAUGGAGAUGAGCACCAGCUCCCAGAGUCAGACAUGACUGGACAGGGGAAAACCUUUAUCUUAACAGGAACCUUAAUUUAAAUUCCCGUGUUUGCUGCCUGCCUGGCACUGCCAAAUAACUGUUGGAGCUUAGACAAUUUUAGAUCGCAGCUCCCGGAAUCUCUGAAUGACUUGUGAAUUUUGGAAUUGCAAUCCAAACAGUGACAUUUCCAAUCGUGGCAAGUCCGUCACAAGUAGUAUCAGGCUGUUGUAAGAUCCACAACUGCUGGCGGAACAGCAUUAUUCUUGCCAUUUGCAAGCAAAUUACAGCCAGAAAUAUUUCAUGCUCUUGAAAGCAUUCAAAUCUCAAGAGCAUUUUGAAACGCUGCUUUCUUAUACAACAGCCAUACCAUGUUUUGUUGCCUACAGGGUCCUCUCUGGACAUCCUACGCACUGCUUCAAGAUCUCUCUGAAUAUGUGCAGUGCGUUUUAAGCUAAUGUAGCAUCUGGGUUUAUAAAUCCAGUACCACUGGAAGAAGCAGAGAAAGGAGAGGAGAAAUAGAUAUAUAGGUGCUGAGAUGGAAAAGUGUUUUUGUCUGUGAGGGCUCGGGAAGAUGAUGUGAUACUUGAGGGAUAUAUUGGAAAACAAAGAUGUUAUCCUUUCCUCCAAAUGUUGCUGUGUACAGAGAUGUGGAAACACGUUUAAAGAGGUAUAUAUAGACACACAAGGAAGGUUAGGUGCUGGCUAAUGGAAAUGAACUCAACACUUUGGAUUUUAUUCCCCUUCUGACACUUUGUGAGGCUUGUUCUGCAGAGCCAGCUGUGCAGAAAUCGAAUUGGCCGAGCAGAUGCCCAAAAUCCCUUGUCCUUUAUCUCUGAGGAGUUUUAUGGUGUAUCUAAGGCUGGAUCUGUACUGUCCAACAUCCCAGGAUCUGAUACCAGAUUAUUUGCUUUGAACUGGAUUAUUAUAUGGUGGAGGCUCCUUUUUUGGAGGCUUUUAAGCAGAGGCUGGAUGGCCAUCUGUCGGGGGUGCUUUGAAUGUGGUUUUCCUGCUUCUUGGCAGAAUGGGGUUGGACUGGAUGUGCAGGGGGUUGGACUGGAUGGCCCAUGAGAUCUCUUCCAACUCUAUGAUUCUAUGAGUCUCCACUGCCAGACAGUCUGGGAUAAACAGGUAAUCUGGGAUCAGAUCCUGUGAUAUAGGGCAGUGUAGAAGGGGCCUCCGGCUACUAUGAAAACCUGGGAUUUGGAAUUAUUUGGCCGAGAAGGCUAAAGACUAUGUAAAGUUACGACUCCCAUCAUUCCACAGCAUGGCAGUUAAAUUGGUGUUAAAUUGCAUUCACGCUACAGCGUAUGUGCACCCAAAGAAUAUCCCAGAUUAUGUUCCUGUUCUUUCUGAUUUUCUUUUGUAGAUUCAUACAUGAUCCCAGAAUAUUAUGUGCCAGUUCCUGGUAAAAAUCAGAGGGUUUCACUAUUAGAUCCCCAAGUGUGUUUCCUGAGACCUGCUACAUAUAGCAAACCUUAUUGAAAUGAAGGACUUCCAUCCCGAGCAUAGAAUGGUAGAGUUGAAAGAGAUCCCAUGGACCAUCUAGUCCAACCCCAUUCUCCCAUGCAGGAACACAGAAUCAAAGCAUUCCCAACAGAUGGCCAUCUAGCCUCUGCUUAAAAACCUCUCAGAUAGCAUAUUCCAAGUAUAUUAUAGUGCAGGUAUAGGUAAACUUUAGCCCUCCAGGUGUUUUGGACUUCAAUUCCCACAAUUCCUAACAGCCUACCGGCUGUUAGGAAUUGUGGGAGUUGAAGUCCAAAACACCCGGAGGGCCAACAUUUGCCCAUACCUGCUAUAGAGUCAUGCUGGAGAAUCUAGAAAAUGGUUAGAGAGGACAUAUUCUAUUGGAAUAAAUGAAGCUGCAGAUGGCACUUCUGGGGAUACGAGGGGUGUACUGUAAAACAUGAAAAAGAACAGGGACACAAUCUGGAUCUUAUCCAUCAGUCCUGAUGUGCCAAAUGCUGUAUGCUAAAGUGCAUGAAGACAGAUAUAAGACUUUUCAAAGUCUAUGAAAAGCAUGAUCUGGGUGCAAAAUACGUUGCUGCUGCAAGGAGGAACCAUAGCUGCCAUUCCAUCCUUUGCAAAGCUACCUGUGUUGAGAGAGUUAUAGAAGUAGAAGUAUUUCCAUUGGCAGUGUUAUUUCAUACAGUGUCCAUCCAUAAGCUCCCUAGAAGUACUCAGUAUCUCCUGAGAUGUUUAAAUCCUGACGGGUCUAGAGAUCUCUCAUUGCCUUAAGCCCAUGGUCAUCUAAGAAUCUUCUGGUUCUUUUUCUGGGCAUGCAUUUCCUUCUUUCCAUUGAACAUCACAGAAUGUGCCCAGCGAAAGCUGCUUUUCAGGUUAGUAAUUCCCAAUUAAGUGUCUCUUUGCUUAAUAUCCUGGGGUUAAUUUCCCUCCCAAGAGACUGGUCUGAAUCUAGCAAGGUGUGUUUGAAGCUCUCGGUGGGGUUACUCUAGGACAAAACAACAAAGAGUCCUGUGGCACCAGAAAAUCUCAUUUUAGCAGCUGCUUGAAUUGACUGUAGGUCAUUUCAUCAGUGGCAUGAAGCAUUAUCUAGAAUUUCAGGUUUAUAUGUGGUGCACAUGGAUGGGAGGGAAGGAGAGUUGUAGACAGUGAGGUCAGAGGGAAAUUAAGCUUAGAAGUAUAGUAAAAGUGGCUAGUAGUCACCAAAUCAUUGCAUAAAUGUCCUGGCACCGUGCAAGACAAUUAACAGCCUGUAGCCUGGGAGGGAAUAUGCAGAGGAAGGAGCAGACACCUUGCUCUGUCAGUCGCCUUGUGCAAACAUAUCUCCACCUUGCUAUUAACAUGAGCAGAAAUGAACACGAAGCAUGUAUCAAGUGCCCCUGCCCAUUGAUGAACACAGCUGCACAUAUCUGGUAGCAAAAGCAGAAUGGCUUCCUCUCGGCAGAGAUAAAUGGCUCCUUUGUCAGCAAAUUGACAUGUGCAAUACUGUUAAUUAUUCCACAGAUAUCAGAAAUCUCCCAAUUUCUUCAUAUUAGACAUCUGUUGAUGCUUCCUUUCAAAGGCUGAGCUAUCUAUCCCCCUAUUUUUCAUUCUUCUAGCCAUCCUUAGUGGACAUCCUUGCUUUUGAAAGGAAAGGGUGGGUGGAUUUUGGUCUUCAGUUCUGGAUGGAAGGCAGAGGGGGUGUUUUGGGGGUGGCUGAGAUACGUUAGCUAAUCUCCAUAGGAUUCGUGAUGGAAUGGGAUUUGCAUUAAGUUAUUUCAGAAAUGGGAGAGAAGUGGGUAGGUUUCUUGGCAGGCAGGAAACAUGAAUCCUUUCAGCAGAGAUAAGCAUUGCGCUCUCCAGAAUGUGCAAAGGAAGGACCAAGUGGCACCAAAAGCCAGCAGAAUAACCUACAUCUAUUUGGGCUUGGAGGUGGGAUUGUAGGAUGCAAAUAGAAAACAGUGCUUUGGAAAUUUUGGGUAUUUUGGAGUGUAAAACCUGGCAUUCCCCUUGUGAAAUGACCUCUGAUAAUUUUGGAGCCCUCAUUGGCACAAUGGGUUAAACCCUUGUGCCGGAAGGACUACUGACUUGGGUUGCUGACCUGACGGUUGCUGGUUCGAAUCCAGGGGGAGCGUGGAUGAGCUCCCUCUGUCAGCUCCAGCUCCCCAUGUGGGGACACAAGAGAAGCCUCCCACAAGGAUGGUAAAACAUCAAAACAUCUGGGCGUCCCGUGGGCAACGUCCUUGCAGACGGCCAAUUCUCUCACACCAGAAGCGACUUGCAGUUUCUCAAGUCAUUCCUGACACGGAAAAAAAUGUUGGCUAUGGAUUUCAGAAAGCUGUACUCCCCAAAAGCAACUUUUCCAAGGUCUUGGGAGCACUUACCUGUUAGUGCUUUGAGGCUUUGAAAGCAUCUGUUCCUUGGAUAGUGAAUCUUCUUGAUCUAGGGAUGAACAUCUUCUCUGUUCUCUCUCCUAACAUUUUUUUUUAGAUAACCACUGAGCCAUAAAUAUGGAACUGUUGUGAACUUUGUUGUAGCAUGGCAUGUAAUUGAGAUGAAUACUUUUUGUUCUGUGUACAUUUUUGGUGGUUUUCUUGGUAAUAUACUGUAGCCCAGGUGUUGUCCAUGAAAUGUUGAAUAAAAGGGGUUGGAUAAGAAGACUUGGUUUUGGAGAUGACAUUGAAUUUAGUAACAGUGCAUGGAGAUGCUGGCUUCUGCAUAGUGCGGACACAUGUAAGUGUGCAAAUAAACAAUCAAGGGAUUCCUCUACAAUCAGUAGUCCCCAUCCUUUCUCCCCAGUUUAGCUGCCCAGAUAAUAGUGAAACUCCAGGAUACUCUGGAGUUUCCUGUAAAUUCCACAAUUUCUUGCAAAUUAAAACCUUCCUGUGGUCACCUUUUGCCAAAAGUUGUCCAUAAAGUCAUGCUGGAUGAUCUCAAGAUUUCUCAAGAAAACAUAUGAAACAAAUCUGCAAAUAAUCAAAUCUGCUGAAGUUAAAUCCAUAUAAAUAUGUAUGACUAACUAUACUUGUACAUCCACAGAUUUAAAUAUCACAUCAAAUUGUU